UUCUCUCGCCUCGUCCAUCAUUGUGAAUAGACGUUGACACCUCCUGCAGUCACCCUGCAAUUUACAGACAAACAAUAACGAGUCAUGAUAAUAAUUGCAGGCUUUAAAUGACCAUUUGUCAUCACGUUCUCACCGGGCUACGGACGCUGCACUACUUUUAAAAAGAGCCGCUGACGCACAGCUUUAUCAGGAGGGGCACUUAACUUGUGCGUUAGUCACUUCUAUUAAAGGCAUCGAGAGAGGAAGUUCAACAAGUCCGCUUCUUCUUCUUCUUCUGCGCUUAGAAAUAAGUACGGACAAUGGAGGAGUUGUUUUAAAGUUAGGAAAAGCUGUUAGACUGAAGCAUUAAUAUAGCUUGCCUGCAAACCGCUGUUUAGUUUUGACAUUUUCCUCUGUUACACCAUGGGCGGACUGUGCAUGUGCAUUUCAUGGACUUGGAGACCAGUGUGGCCAGUGUUUAUUAUUCUGGCGACAGUGUUGUACUGCUCAGAGAGUCAACCUGCUGCAGAUGAUGGGAAAAUGUAUCCAAGAGGCAAUCACUGGGCUGUUGGUCAUUUGAUGGGAAAAAAGAGCACUGACAGCCUGGCUGAACUGCAGGACAGAAACACUGACUACCUCACACCCUCUGAAGUAGCCGGGGUCACAGAGAUGGAGCAAUACGAGCGUCUGAUUAAGGCUCUGAAGCAACAAAAGAACCAGAAACAGAUGAUUGCAGAAAGGCUGCUUCGACUGCGCAGCGGCUGGAGAGAAGAGGACAGAGACAAAUAUCUCAGAGAGAUGUCAAAUCUGCUUGUCCUGGCUUUGAGACUGCAAGACAACGGCUCCACCUGAUCAGUUAACGUCACUAUCUGUUACUCACGUUAUCACACAUCUACACUUCAUUAUUACACUGUAGUAAUGCACUGUAAACCUGAUACAAGUUAAUUUUGUAUGUAUUUCUGAUAAACAUAACACAUUGCAUAGGAUAGAACCGCUGAAUAAAUGUAACAUUGUGAUAACUGCA